AUGGACCUUUAUGAUCAAAUGAUAAUAAAUGAAGAUAGAUCUGAUCGAGAAGCUGAACAAGAAUCUGAUUAUAGAAGUAAUAAAGAAAGAGAACCUUCUUCAGCAGAAUUAGUGCAACAAUUAAUUACUAUAUUAGGUUGA